GGAGCUGUGAAGUUGGUAGAAGAUAUGGAGAAGAAAGGGUAUCAACCUGAUGCAUUUACUUGUGGAACGAUACUAAAUGCUCUGUGUAAGAUUGGUAAGACUGAUAUGGCUAUUAGAUUGCUUAGGAAGAUGGAAGAGGGGAAGUUUAAAGCUAAUGUGGUGCUCUAUAGCACAAUCAUUGACAGCUUAUGUAAGGAUAGGUUUGUAACUGAGGCCUUGAACCUUUUGACUGAAAUGAUGAGUAAAGGCAUUCAGCCGGACCUUAUCACUUACAAUUCCUUAGUUCAAGGCCUAUGCAAUUUUGGCAGGUGGAGAGAGGCUACUACUUUGUUGAACGAGAUGGCACAGAGGAAGAUCAUGCCAAGUGUGAGGACCUUCAACAUAUUGGUGGACACAUUUUGCAAAGAGGGGAUGUUGAAAGAGGCGAAAAUUAUUUUUGAUAAGAUGAUUCAAAGAGGUAUUGAGCCUGACGUAGUCUCUUAUAAUUCUUUAAUUGAUGGAUACUGUUUGCAAAAUAAAUUGAAGGAUGCCAUCGAAGCAUUGAACAUGAUGGUUGAAAGGGGUUAUUCACCUAAUGUUGUUAGCUAUAACACAUUGAUUAAUGGAUUUUGUAAAAAUAAAAAAAUUGAUGAGGCAAUGAAUCUCUUUAAUGAAAUGUCCAACAAGGGAGUAACUCCUGAUGUUGUGACUUACAAUACUCUUAUAGGUGGGUUUUGUCGAGUGAAGAGACACAAGGCUGCUCUAGAGCUAUUUCAUAAUAUGCAGGCUUGUGGCCAACCUCUAGAUCCCCAAACCUAUGCUGUCUUGUUGGACGGCCUAUGUAAGAAUGGACAAGUUGUUGAGGCAAUAAAAGUGUUUCAUGAGAUGGAAGACAAAACAUUGGGCAACGAUAUUGUGAUUUACAGCAUUUUAAUUGAUGGUUUGUGUAAUGUUGGGAAUCUUACAGUUGCAAGAGAACUCUUUUAUAGUCUACCUGCGAAAGGAUUGCAACCCAAUGUUCAAACUUACACCAUAAUGCUCAAAGGGCUUUGCAAAGAGGGACUGAUAGAAGAAGCAAGUGAGAUAUUUGAGAAAAUGGAUGGGAGCGGUUGUUCACCUAACGAUCGCACAUAUAACACAAUAAUCCAAGGAUUACUGCAACACAAUGAGACAUCAAUGGCAAUGAAAUAUCUUGAAAUAAUGGUUGAAAAGGGUUUUUCAGCAAAUGCAACAGUUGCAAGCAUGUUGGUUGACUUGCUAUCAUCUAAUCAAGUAGAUAAGAACAUUCAAGGAUUGCUCCAGAAGCUUGAGUGAAGGUUUUUUAGUUUCUCAACAUCAAGGACAAGUUUCAUAUUCACAUGUCAAUCUUUAAGCGAUGUGUAUUCAUUUCAGGAUGAAUUGAGGGAGGUUGUGCUGCUUGUAUUUGCAAACAAGCAGGAUCUUCCAAAUGCCAUGAAUGCUGCUGAAAUAACUGAUAAACUUGGUCUUCAUUCUCUCCGUCAACGCCACUGCGGCUCAAGUACCAUGGGCUGUUCCUCUCUCACCUCCGUUAGCAUCGUGGAAGUUCACUAUGCAGCCACCUUGCCGUGAUUGGUUC